AUGCACAGAGUUUUCAACAACUGCUGCCUGGGCCACGAUCAUUGCUAUAAUAGGCAGCUGGGACAGAAACAUUGCGACGAGCUCUUCUGUAAAUGUCUUGAUAUCAUCACCGAAGGAACCACGCUAUGCCGUAAGGGUGCGGCGAACGAGUUCUGCUGGGCGGUCGAAAAAUAUGGCAAGAAGGCAUACGACGCAUCGGCCACGCCUCGACCAAACGCAAUACAGCUAGACGGAGCUGUGCUCCAUGCGGGAAAACCAUCU